AUACCCACCACCAAUAGUCAACAAUCAAUUACCAAACUCAAAUCUACUCAUCAAUGGCUUCUCUCUUCUCCUCUCCCUCAAACCUACCGGCUUUCUCAAAGCCCAAGCGAUCUCACCCGAUCACCACCGCCACUCUUUCCGAGAAACCAUACAUUUCUCAGCCACUUCCUCCGCCCUUCACGGCGGCGCCGCCACCGCCGAAACCCUCCACCCUCCCCAUCCGCAAAAUCCCGGGAGACUACGGGCUCCCCUUGAUCGGGCCGUGGAAGGACCGAGAAGACUUCUUCUACAACCAAGGGCGCGACGAAUUCUUCAAAUCGAGGAUCAAGAAAUACCAAUCCACCGUGUUCCGAGCCAACAUGCCGCCCGGCCCCUUCAUCUCCCUCAACCCCAACGUCGUCGUUUUGCUCGACGCCAAGAGCUUCCCCGCCCUCUUCAACACCGAUAAAGUCGAGAAGAAGGACCUCUUCACCGGCACCUACAUGCCCUCCGUCGACCUCACCGGCGGCUACCGCACCCUCUCCUUCUUAGACCCCUCCGAGCCCAACCACGCCAAGCUCAAGAAGCUCAUCUUCAUCAUGCUCUCUUAUCGCCGCGACCGCCUCAUGCCGGAGUUCCACCAUACUUACUCACAGAUGUUUGAGAAUCUGGAGAAAGAGUUGGCUUCCAAAGGGAAGGCCGACUUCGGCCCCCCGAGCGAUCAGGCCGCCUUCAACUUCCUGGCCCGAUCGUUCUUCGGGGUUGACCCGCUCGAGACGAAGCUGGGGCCGGACGGCCCGAGCCUCAUCACAAAAUGGGUCCUGUUUCAGCUCCAUCCGCUGCUGACUCUGGGCCUGCCAAGGCCCAUCGAAGAUGGGCUUCUGCACAAUUUCAUGCUGCCGCCUUUUUUGAUAAAGAAGGACUAUGAGAGACUUUAUGAGUUCUUCUAUAGCAACUCGGCCGAGCUUCUGUGCCAGGCCGAGAAGCUCGGCCUGUCCCCGGAUGAGGCCGUCCACAACCUCUUAUACACCACGUGCUUCAACUCCUUUGGCGGGAUGAAGAAGCUCUUCCCAAACAUCCUCAAAUGGGUCGGCCGCGGCGGGACGCGCCUGCACACGGAUCUCGCCCGCGAGGUCCGUGCAGCGGUCGCGUCCCACGGCGGCGUCACCAUGGCGGCCAUGGAGAGUAUGCCGCUGAUGAAAUCAGUGGUGUACGAGGCGCUGCGGGUGGAGCCGCCCGUGGCGUCUCAGUACGCCAAGGCGAAGCGCGACUUCGUGGUGGAGUCGCACGACGCGGCGUUCGAGAUCAAGGAGGGGGAGAUGCUGUUCGGGUUCCAGCCGUUCGCGACCAAGGACCCGCGGAUAUUCGAGCGGGCCGAGGAGUUCGUGCCGGGCCGGUUCGUGGGGGAGGAAGGGGAGAGGCUACUGAAGCACGUGGUGUGGUCGAACGGGCCGGAGAAUGAGCACGCCACGGUGAACAACAAGCAGUGCGCCGGGAAGGACUUCGUGGUGCUGGCGGCGAGGUUGCUGCUGGUGGAGAUAUUCCGCCGCUACGAUUCCUUUGACAUCGAGGUUUCGACGUCGCCGCUGGGGAACUCGAUUAAAUUGACGUCGUUGAAAAGGGCGAGUUUUUGAAUCUGCGGCGGAGUAGUGGUGGUGAUGGUACUUAGUAGUGGUUUGUGGGGUUGUAUAUUGUAACCUUUUUGUUUUAUCAAAUAUAAUUUCUUAAUCGUACUGA